GUUGUGGUUGAGGUGCCGCUUCCGGCCGGCGCGAGGGCAAGAGACGUGGCGUGCCGCGUGCUGCCGGCCUCGCUUUCGCUUGCGGUGUGCGGCCAGGCUGUGCUGCAGGGAUCGUUGCUGCGGAAGGUGCUGCCUGACGACUCGGAUUGGGUGCUCGAGGAUGCGCCCGGGCAGGGGGAGGGGAGGCUGCUGCGCCUCACGCUGGUGAAGAGAGCUGUUUAA